AUGGGUGCACGCUAUGCUGGCAGCACCGAUAUGGAAAAUAUGCAUUUAAAGAGUCCGGGACCUGAGCAAGAUCAUGUAUACAAUGGAGAUGAUGUUCAUGAUACUAUUUCACGACACGACGCAAGGAUGGGCCCUGGUAACACCUCUCCUAAAAGGAGUGCUUAUUCUUCUAUUUAUGCGUCCGCUACAAACGAGCCAGUAAAGGCAAAAGUACAGGUAUAUGACAAUACAAAUGAAUACACACGGAUGCACCCUCCCGAAUUCAAAGCACAUCAGACCGCGUCAGAAGCUGAGAUCAGUUCGUUGGAAUUUGGUAGAGCCGGCCAGCGAGAUGGUGACCCUGAUAACGAACGAAACACUUCAGGCAAUGCAAGGGGUGAAUAUGGCAACGAUACAGGUACUAACGCAAAUGCGUCUGAACCAGCUAUCGAGUUACAAUCACACAGAAGCUCUAAAUUCGGUCACUCCGAGGAGACGGUGAAUGCACUAUUGGCCAUGGGGUCUGAGCGUCGGUCACCACGUGAGCAACUAGAAGUUCGAGGUCAACGUCGCAACACGUACACACGUCCGCAUACACAAGACCACUAUCACCACUAUCACCGUACACAGGUGCAACACUAUGGUGGAGAACCGGAACAGGAUAUGCAGCUUGACCAGGUAUACCCACAAGUAAGAAAUAGGCAGGUAUCGCCACAAGAAAGUAGACAGGGUCAACGGGAUGCUAGCAGGAGCCAAACACACCAGCAUUUUGAACGAGGUAUGGAAGACCGUUAUGACCUCUAUUCUACUCGAACUCAUGCGCAACAACAUAGCGGGGAACCAGAACAGCGUAUCCGGGCUGCCACGCCAACGCAAGAUCCUAUUGUCGGCGGCACACGAAACGAUGGGCAUGACACAAACACCCAUAACACUAUUACAGGUAAUAAGGACCCUGUGCCUAGCAAGUACCCAGUUUGGGAGCAACCCAGAUACACGCACGAAGGUGACAGGGUCGCGCACGAUAGAGAGUACAUGGACGUAGACUCUUCACUGCCUAGAACGUCUUACACACACCGGAAUGAACCAGACCAGAGUCACCCACGAGGAGAGUCGCAGAUGCAAAGAGAUGAAUCACCAGGCAGUGGCCGAACUUAUGCGACAGGGAACAGGCCAACUGGGUAUAGACCCUGGGAUGGUAGACAUAUGGCUGAGCGUGUGCAUGAGGAUGUUCGUGAGGAGAAGAGGCAUGACAGUGCAUAUAAUCACCUCGACGCAGACAUGGGCAAGCAUUUUAGACCAGGUCAGAUGGGUAGACACCCGGGUGAGAUGUACAGGGAACCACAUCACAUGGAUGACAAUGGGAGACCUUGGCCGCCACGAAGAGCAACUGACGGGGAAAUACCAAGAUAUGAAUCAGGCGGCUAUAGGGAUAGUGAUGUGAAUGGUAGCGGUAGGGGUAGAGGUUUUGUGCAUGACGGGGCCGGUGAGAUAGAUCGUAGUAUGCAACGAGGUUAUGAUAGUGAAUUUGUACAACAGCAAACACCAAAUGUUGCACAGCAACACCCACACCCUCAUGAACAGCAACGACAGCAGAGAACUCCACACCAACGUCCACGCACGGAUGGUCAUGCGCAACACCCGUAUGAAAGUUACAGCAAUAUGGCGGGUGAUAGUGGCCCUGAUUCGAAUAACCAGAUCCCCCCUAAUGAAACUGGGUAUGCGAGAAGUAACAGUCGCUUAGCUGGACCUCACGACAGCGAAGAUGUCAACUCAGGACUAUCAAAUGAAGCGUUCGGUCGCCAAGGUGACGAGGCGAGUUGGCCGGAGCGACGAGGUAGUGGUUGGCAAAAUAUGCGAGGUGGAUACCAUCGGGAAUACAACCGACACCAGCCGUACACGAACCAAGCUCACAUGAGAUCUGUACCGAAUACACGCCAGAGUGGUAGCACAAGCAUGGGUGGCAUCCGCACAAGCAUGAGUGGUAUGCACAGGCCCGACGGUGGUGGCAACGGACCGAGUGGUUACACUAGCAUUGCCAAUACACAUCGGAAUGGUAACGAUGGUGACAACCACAGCCCUGGCGCCCCCCAUACCAGAAUGAGUACCACGCGUGGGUUCAGCCAUCCGCCACAGAAUGUCGCGGAGGGUGGUGUGAACGGCCGAGGUAGUGCAAGUGGUGUGCACGGAGUCAUGAAUGACUCGCACAGUGGUAGUCGUGGCAGUGUGCAGCACCAGUUUGCUGACCCACAGGGCAAUGUGUCUCGGCAGCACUCGCAACCGGGAGGCGCAUUUGCUCCUUACGCUGGGUUUCGCGCAAUGGGGAGCGGCCCGACAUAUAACCACGGCUACAUGUCACAGACAAGUAUGAGUAGGGGCAGUAUGCCACCAAGGGCCGGAGAAGGGCCCCGUGUGGAAUAUGGCAACACCAUGCCGGAAACACGAAGAAGUACAGGGCAGGGUCAGGCCUAUGCGUCUAAAGGUGGGAACAGUGGUGAGCAAGAGGCGAGAAUGAGACGGGACUCGCACCAAGAUCCAUACCGCUAUCCGCAACAACGGCAGUCUUACUCUCAGCCACAGCCGCAGCAUCAAAGAGGGAGUAUGAGCUAUCAUCCAAGCGGAUAUGCCAAUGAUAUGCGACAACGUCAAUCAUCUAUACCAAAUCACAUAGAGCCAAUGCCACCACAGGGACAGCGUAGGCCAUCGAGUGUUCUUUAUGAACAACAAAAUGGCCCGACGUCGCAACGAGCUCCACCCUCACAGCAGCAGAACGCUAUACCAGAUAGAAAGACUAUGCUUGUCACGCCUGCAAAAUCGAGAAGAUCGCGUCGAGAAAAAACUGAGGAUACGGAAGUGAUGUCCACUAUAGGGGGUGUAACUAUUAUACUGAAGCCACGCAAGAAGUCUGAGGGUCAUACGCCUCGACAAGCACGAUGCACUCACUGUGGUACCACCGAAACAACCACUUGGCGCAGACAGAACGGAGACGUUGUGUGUAAUGCGUGUGGGCUAUACUACAAGACGAAGGGUAUGAUCAGACCUUUGUCUGUACAGAGAGCGGUGAAUAGAGGCAGUAAGAACAGACGAACGCAGUAUUCCGCGGCUAACGAUCCGAAUCUGAUGAAGGGAUCAGCUUCGGGUGCUAGGCAAUCGGAUGAAAUGGAUAGAGACGUGGAGCUCAAAGACGGGGGUACCCAGAAGGCAGGAAGUAGAAGCAGUAAGAGCAUUAACAAGUCCAAGCUUCCCAAGAACAACAAAGCUGUCUGUGCACAUUGUGAUGCGACUGAUACGACCCUGUGGCGACAUAUCAACAACGAGGUUGUGUGCAACCCGUGUGGACUGUACUAUGGCGCUUGGGGGUGCGUGCGACCACCUUCCGCAAAGCGGAGACGUAAUAGCCGGCCCAGUAAAUCCGACGUCAGCGACAUGGACAAAGGCGGCUCAGCCGAUAAUAGUGACUCCUUUUCUCAGACCAAAUCAAUGGUUCUGGAUAAGAAUGACGAUAACAAAGCGGACAGUCUAAGUAGAAGUGUCACACCAGUUGAUCUGAACUCCGUGACUGCCCAGCAAAGAGCCCCUAGCCAUCCAUUACCAUAUGCGAGCUGCAAUGCGACUUCGUCGCCGACAUCCGUAUCAGCUGACCCCUCGGCCACGCCUCCUGCGGUGGGCGGCAGACGCAGUACACCAGUAGAGAGACACAGUACAAAAGAUGAUAUUUGUGCGGAUCGUAUUCAAUCAAGGUCGCCAAACAGGCCAUCGGAGGAGCCUGUGAAGACUUCAGAGCCAUCGCGGCCCCUAGAAGCAAUGUCAUAA